UUUACCAAUCAUUAUGUUAAAUUAUCGAAUAAAAAUUAAACAAAAUCGUUUUUAACCAUUGAGAAAAAGCACAAAAACUAAAUUUUGAGAUCAAUUGAAAUUCCCGUUCGACCAAACGACCCACCACAAAACUUUCGGCAUAGGCGCAAUGUCCACGGAGAUGUCAAAAUUCUUGGGCGGAGGCCGUCGUACUCCAGCAAAUCGAAACACGACGCUCAGGACCAGAACGGGAACUGGUGUCACCCCAAAAGGUGCUGCAGGUGCUGCAACGCAGCCAGCAAGUCAACGGAAGCAAGGUGCACAUGCAGCAGGAGCUUCUAGAUUGGGAGGAGGAACUGGUGCAUCACAGCCGCCAGCCAAGUCGAACCCGAGACCAUUGAAUGGAGCAAGUGCACCAUCAGCAGCUGGAGCUGUGCCCAAGAAACCAGCAAGUCGAGCAACUGCUGCAGCAGAUGCAGGCAAGCCAGUGCCCAAAAGGGCAACUGGUGGUGGUGUUACCACGAGGGUUAUGCAAACCACGGCCACAUCCACGUUGCGUCGAAGGCCAGCAAACCCGGCAGCUGCCAGGAUACCCAUGUCCCGCCGGGUAAACGAGUUGAAGUGGAUCAUGAAGCCGUCGCAGAGCUUUACGCCGUGCAGCGAGUCCUCCUCCGAGGAUAGUUUCCCGAAACAGGCCUGCGGCUCGCAGGAGCGCAAGGAGCAGCACGCCGCACACUUGUGGCAACGGUGCAGCAGCAGCAGCAGCAGUAGCAGCAGUGGUGGUGGUCAACUGCACAGGUCGCAGCUGCUGAUGCCUUUGCCGGCUGAGCAGGUUGGGCGGACCAGGAGCAAGGGGCGCUCGGGCGCAUCGCGCAUAUUCCGUGUGCCCAGCCAGCGGAUCAUGCACGUGGAUGAGCUGAUGCAGGCGCAGCUGCGCCAGAUGGAUCCACGGCGCACCAGAAACCAGACGAGCAGUCGUUCACGAAGUAGGUCCCCCAACUGGUCAGCCAGUAGGUUACCAAGUCCACUGUCCCAACCAUCAUCCUUUAGAUCGCCAAGCAGCUCGCCCAGUAGUUCAGCCGAAGUUGUGGCGGUGAAGGAUGUGCCUCUGCGUGAUUCCACAACCAUAACCCUGUUCCCCGCCCUCGUCCAGACAUUGCCGCCAGAGCAGGUGGCCACCGGGCCGAUCUCCUGCUCUGCCAGUCCGGACGCCAGUAGUCCCGUUCCCAGCCAGAGUCGCCUUCAGAGCCCAGCCAUGAGCAGCAGUUCGAACUCCAGCAGCUGCACUACGGAGAACGGUGUAGUUGGCAGUGCGUCCAGCUCAAGUCCCCACUCGAAUACAACCAGCAGCGGCACCAGUGUGAUUGAGUGCAGGAACGGGAUCAGGACGCCCACCACCGAGCAACUGAGUCCCGCGGUCCAAGGUGCAGUGGGCAGCAAGGCCAUCAAGCUGACCUCGACGGUGAUUAAGAUCAUGCAGCCUGUCUCAUCGAAAGGCGACGUGAAGUCGCCGGAGAAUCAAAAUCCCAAGGAGAAGGAGAAGGAGCGGGAGAAGGAGCAGGAGCAGGGGAAGGAGCAGGAGCAGAAGAAGGAGCAGGAGCAGGACAAGCUGCCCGUGCAGAAAGGCAACGCCAAAACGAGGAUGGCAAUGAAUGCACCCAUGGUGCAAUCGAUUUCGCCACCAAAGUUCACGCCCAUGGUCAAGGUGCCGAAUCCAAUCAGUCAGUCGGUUAAUCAUGUCGUCAAUCAGCUAACCGCCCAACUGAAGGAAGCUGCCCUGAUGCACCGAUCCAAGGACGAUCUACCGAAGGAUUCCAAUACGUAUGAAGCAUUCUCAGCAAAGGAUCCCUCCAGAAAGCCCUCCAUUUAUCUGCUCAUGAACCAGCCCAGAAAUCAGUCAGCUGCUGCGACCAAUGAACCUUUCAAGGAUUCGUGGGUCAUUCAACCAAUGGAGCAGCCGAAGACAUCUACCUCUAAUCUGCACAAGGACGAAGCGGCGAAACAGCACACCAAUUGUUAUUUGGACGAGUCCAUAGACCGUUCUAGGCCAUAUACAAAUCAACGAAAGGUGCGAGCGGCGAGUCAGCAGAGAAAUGACUCAAAGAGCCCGGUUAGGAACCUUACGAUAAGUCAUCCCAAGGAGUCAGCAGUGCAACAUCCAGUGAAUCAGUAUGUUACGCCACCGAAGGCUGGAAGACAGCCAAUGAGGUCGCCUUCCAAGAGCUCGUUGCUUCUGCGGUCUAGAGAGUCGAAGACCAGAAUAACAAGGAAUCCGUACAUCGAAGAAACCAAAACUUUAUCGAGGCUUCCAGCUGGGACCAGGAGAACUCCUCCCGUUUCGGUGAAUAGAACCAGCCAGCCGUCCACGUCCACUGGAAGCCCAAAAGUGGUGCCGCACCCAGAAGCGCACAAACCAGAAGCCACCACUGUUGGCAAGAUCAUUCGAAAGGAACAGCACAAGGUGCCGCGCACCAUGGAAGACGGCAUCGACAUGAGCUACCAGUACUUUGUGUCGAUUCCCCUCAAGCGUGGCAGGAAGCCACAGGUGGUACGCUACCUCUACCGCCCAAUGGUGCGUCAACUUAACGCUCCUCCUUCGCCCAAUCGACGCUCCAGGCGGGCAAGUAGAAAAGCAGCAGCAGCGGCGGCGGCGGCCAAAGAUGAAGAUCAGCCAAACACCGCGGAGGAGGGAUCAGAGAAGCUGGAUCCCGAGCUGCAGGCACUGGGCGGAAUGCCUCUGCCGCUGGAGGAUGCACCUUUGCAGAGCACAGAGUCUUCGCCACAGCCGGCAGCUAAGUCAAAGAUUCUGCUAGAUCCCGAGGCAGCUCUGAAUGCGCCGUACGAGGUGCCGCCACUCAAGCUGGAUGCGCGCUACAAGUCGAUGAUGCAGCAGCUGGCCCAGAUGCCCUAUCCCGAGGACAAAUCCACUCGUCAUCGCCGUCGGCGCUCCAGUCGCCAAGUGCGCGCCGCCGGUGGCGCUGACCAGCUGCCCUCAUCGUUGCAAGAGCCGGGCUUUGGUGGUGGCGAUGCUGCGAAGAGUGAAAUGAGCGCCCUGCAGCAGGUGUCGUCCAUCUGGAAAUCUGGUUCCCGCUUGCCCAAGCCAGUCAACUAUCAACCAGAAGCCAAUCGCCUUUGCACGGCAACCGGUGCUCCCAUAUCAUAUCAUUCUCCGGUGCAAUUUGAACACUCCAUGUCGGACUCGGACCACUUUAUUCUGCCAGGCGAGCCGAUGAUGAUUCGGGCCAUCACCUACGACGACAUCGAGCAGCGGGAGCAGAAGCUGCUGGCUGAGAGGCAGGAUCAAAGGGACCUUCCGGCGCAGGAACGCAAGGAGGGCACCAAAUCCGUGAGCUUCCAUCCUGGCGAGGUGCAAGUCAGUGAGUUCCCCGUGAGCAGCAGCUCCAUCAGCAUCAGCUCCACGUCGAGCAGCAACUGUGGCGCAAGCAAGACUAAAAGCCGCCGCACUUCCAAGAAGCGGAAGUCCAAGUCCAAGGGAAGGGGCAAGUUGCGCAAGUGAUAAGAGCUUCCCGGAAUCGGAAGUGGACCAGCAAGUAUCUGGCAUCGUGGACUACAAGCCAAACUAAACAAUUGAUCUCUGUAGCAUGAAUAGAUUUAACAGAUCCUUUCUUUUUUAACCGCUAAAAAUUACGACAUGAUUUUGUAGGUUUUGAAUAAAU